GCAACACUGAUAUGAAAACAGUCACCUCUGCGCGGAAAGACGACAGCUUUUCAACGGAUUUCAGGGAGCCAUGGUUCCUGACAGUCCCUAUCACCGCAUGAAGGCCUCGUCAUUUGGGAAAUGUGUGUUGUUCCGGACGGGAAUUUCGAGUUGUGGCAAAGCUAACGUCUCUUUUGUUGCCUCAUGUUUUCACUACUAGCAAAGAGGGACAACCUGAAAGUGAGCUUUUUUGACCUGGAAACAAUGAGAGAAUUACACACGGGAAAAGUCGCAGUUUCCAACUUAACGUAACGUUUGCUUUAGCAGCUAUGUUAAGUGCAAGUGCGAAGAUAUCUCUGGAGGCGAGUGAUGUUCAGACGGAUGAAGACUGUGAGGAGCUGGUUGAGGAUGGCUUCUCUCUGCCUGCUGAUAUUUCAGAUAAGAGAACAAGGAGGAAAAAAUCUUCUGGCAAACCCAAAUCUUCUUCUCCAAAGUCUCCGUACCUCUCCAGCCUGAAUGUGAACCCCAGGAGAGCAACAGUGGGAGCCUGGAGGCUGCCGAGGGCCUCCCUGGGGGACAGCAGAGGGGACACUCCUGGGGAGACGGGCUCAGCUCGCCUCACGUCCCUCAGCAACGGCCAUGAUGCAUCCCAGACACUGAGAUCAGACUGUGAUGUCACAUCGGAGCUUCUUAAGCAGACCUUGAGCAUGAAGAAAUACAAACAUCUCCACUCAGCAUCCAACGGUUUUACGUUGGGCGCGGGCGACUUCAGAGACAAGGAGGACAUGUAUGACGAGAUCAUUCGCCUCAAGAAGAAUCUUCAGGCACAGAAGUCUGACAACCAGCAAAUGAAAGCCAAACUACGGCGCCUCGAGGAGGAUAAUGCUAAAAGAGAAAAGCAGAUAGAAGAACUGUUGGAUCCCACGAAGGGAUCUGAAUAUACUCGCAGUUUGGUGGACAAGAAAAAAGAAGGGAGUGUGGUUCUCAAUGGGCUGAAACAGAGAAUCCUGAAGUUGGAGCAGCAGUGUAGAGAGAAAGAAAACGCCCUAAGUAAACUACAAAGUGAGCUGAGGACCACCAACCUGGAGGAGCUGAAGAUCACAGUAGAAACCUACUUUGAAGAGAUCCAGAGACUGAGGAUUCUUCUAGAAGCGGCAGAGAAAAGCAGUCGAGCAGAGAGCAAAUGCUCUCAGCGGCAGCAGAAAGCUUUAAGCUCCACCGUUCAUCGUCUGUCUGAGAACCUGAAGCAGCUCCAACAGGAGAACGCGGCGCUCAGAGAAGAACUCAACACUGACAGUCCUGCUGGGGGAAUUAAAGGUUACAGGGAGUGGAGUAAACAGAGACUGUUGAGAAGGCUGUUGGAAGUGGAGAAGAGGCUGGAGGACAGCAGAAGACACGCCCAGUCAGCAAAGAGCGGCAGCCGAUUGGAUCAGGAGGUCCAGGCCACGCUGGCUGAGAUUCCAGGGUUUACCAUGGCAACAGAGGCAGUGGUCUCUGUGGGAACAGUCACUGAGGAAGAGGAGGAGGUUUCACAUGUGAGGGAACGUCUCGGCCAAUUGGAGAAGGAGAGGGCGGAGCUUCAAGAGACGCUGUCAAGGAAAGACGAUGAACUGGAACAGUUAAGGACAGAAAGAGAAGAGCUGGAGAAAGAGACAAAACGAUGGAAAGCUGAACAGGAAAAUCAAACUGACAAUGAGAGACAGCAGCAUAAACAGGAGUUGGAGCAGUUGUGGGCGAGAAUCCAAACUCUGGAGGAGGACAGAACCAAAUCUGCACAGGCCGAUGAGCUCUCCCACUCUCUUUCCCCCUCAGUGGCAGAGAGUCAGGAGGACACUCAGGGCAGAGCGGGUCUGGACGAGGGAGAGAAGAGGGACACUGGAUGUAAAGACAAGGAGGCGGAAGGAGAUGAAUUAUGUACUGAAGCCGAGACCAAAGAAAGAGAGAAAGCAGCGUUGAUCAUUCAGACAAACUGGAGGGAGCACAGGAAUAGGGACAUUGUGAUGUUGCAGGCAGCGUUAAGAGGCCAUCUCCUCAGAGAGUCACAGCUCAAAGACCUGCUCAAAGACGUGCAGAAGAAGGCUGUAGACUCCUCAAACUGCAGCGACGCAGCUUCCUCCAUUGGUGGAGAGCUGGAUGUGGUUGCCUUGACGAUGAUACAGGCUGCAUUCAGGGGACAUCUGGCUCGUUGUAGUCUCGCAAUAGAGAGCUCAGGGUUCUCCGUGCCUUCUUCGAUGGAAAGCAAUGCGCCCACGCUGGCGCCAAGACGAGCUCGCUUAGCGCACACACGCGGCAGAACAGCUGCUGCAUCCCUCAGUAAUGAUGGCGAAAAGGAGGAUGUCCAAGAAGACCUCUGGCCUGUCUCUGGAACUCACAGCCCCACGAUGGCACCUGCAAAAGCCCAGACGGAGCCUCGUUGCGCAGCAGAGUUCGGUGGAGCCGCUGCGGUUGAGUCUGACGAUUCUGACGACAUCAUCGUGUCUCCGUCACGUCCUCUGAGAAGCAGAGAAGUCUUAAUCUUAUAGACCUUCUGGGUUGUGUGUGUUGGUGUGUGUGACAGUAUGAAAGUGUAGCUGGGAAGAAUUUCUAUUCCGAGCCUGUAUUUCAGAGGCUUGCAAAUACCGUACACACCAAAUCAUUAUGUUUGAGUUCUUACCGAACCCGCAAACGAUAGCUGGGAUGUUCUGAGAUUAUUCAAAACAAAUACGAACACACAAAUUUUGCUGUGUAAGAGCUUUUCCCACACUAAUUGCCUGAAUAUUCUAAGAAUCUUUUGUGACGUGGGGAUGAGUUGAACAUAAGCCCACAUUUUGAUCAUGCUCUUCUUAGAAUAAACUACAAUAUGCCCAUGUGUCAGUUGACGUAAGGCUAUAAGAUAUUCUUGGCUAGCGGAUAGCUCGUGAACAUAAAAUGAGCAUCCCCUUUCAUUUGAAUCUGUUAUUCAUGAGCCAAAUAGCCCUGUUUAAUUAGUCUUAUUUAUUCUCAGUGGUUGUUUUGUUUGCCAAAGUGCCUACUGCAUAAAGUUAGGGUAAUAACUGUAUUUUAACCUGAAUAGCCCCAGUGGGCCACAUCACUGUAAAUUCCUCUUUCACAGGCUAAAAUAAUUCAUGAGUCAUAUUUUGACAUGGCUGAUUUGUAACACACAAAGUCAGCACACUAGUAUAUCAUGUAUGCUUAAUAAAUUAUGGCUGAUUCUGAGGUAUGAUUGAGGGAUGAUUCUCAACUGAUGCACUAUUGAGCCAAACUGUGAAUAAAUUAUAGAUCAGUCUGCUGCAGUACGAAACAGUCAGCGCAGUGGAGGAAACACAGGGAGUAUGUCUGAUGCCAGUAAUACUUGUGCUUUAAAGUAGACUAAUGAUCACCUUUAAGGAGGUCGACAAAAACAACGUUUAAGUGCAGUUUUCUCCACGUCGUGUGUGUAACUCAAUUUCUGAGACACUCAAUAAAAUGCUGUUUUUUUUAUAAUGAAAACUCAAA